AUGGAUAGUCAAGAGAGAUUACCACCAGUCUGGAGGGUUACAGUAUAUACAUGGCUAGUCAGAGGUUACACCAGUCCUGGGAGGGUUACAGUAAUAAUGGAUAGUCAGAGAUACACCAGUCUGGAGGGUAGGGUUACAGUUAUAUAAUGGACUAAGUCAGAGAUACACAAGUCCUGGAGGGGACAGUAUAUGGAUAGUCAGAGGAUACACCCAGUCCUGGAGGGUUUACUAG